AGGGAGGGAGCAGGAGAGAAGGAACAUGUCAGGGUGCUCACAGGAGUAGCUGGGGGGAAGUUUUGCUCUUUCCAGAUUCUUAAGCCAACAAAAGUGCCUUCAUCAUUUUUUGUCUGAAAGACAGAAAGCCCAGAAGGAGCCCAGAAGCAACAGUUCAACACAGGUGCUUUCUGCAGCCUAGUGGAUAAGAGGAGCGGCCUGCAGCCAUGGGACAGGCCCUGGGUAUCAAGAGCUGCGACUUUCAGGCAGCAAGAAACAAUGAGGAGCACCACACCAAGGCCUUCAGCUCCCGGCACCUCGUUGUGAGGAGGGGGCAGCCCUUCACCAUCAUCCUGCACUUCCGCGCUCCAGUCCACGCAUUUCUGCCUGCCCUGAAGAAGGUGGCCCUCAUUGCACAAACUGGAGAGCAGCCUUCCAAGGUCAACAGGACCCAAGCCACAUUCCCAGUGUCCAGUCUGGGGGACCGAAAGUCGUGGAGUGCAGCGGUGGAGGAGAGAGAUGCCCAGUCCUGGACCGUCUCUGUGACCACACCCGCGGAUGCUGUCAUUGGCCGCUACUCGCUUCUGCUGCAGGUCUCAGGCAGGAAGCCACGCCUCUUGGGCCGGUUCACAUUGCUUUUUAACCCCUGGAGUAGAGAGGAUGCCGUGUUCCUGAAGAAUGAGGCUCAGCGCACAGAGUACUUGUUGAACCAGAAUGGUCUCAUCUACCUGGGCACAGCUGACUGCAUCCAGGCAGAGCCCUGGGACUUUGGCCAGUUCGAGGGGGAUGUCAUCGACCUCAGCCUGCGCUUGCUGAGCAAGGACAAGCAGGUAGAGAAGUGGAGCCAGCCAGUGCACGUGGCCCAUGUGUUGGGUGCCUCGCUGCAUUAUCUCAAGGAGAAGAGGGUCCUGCCCACCCCGCAGACCCAGACCACCCAGGAAGGGGCCUUGCUGAACAAGCGCCGGGGCAGCGUGCCCAUCCUGCGGCAGUGGCUCACCGGCCGAGGCCGACCUGUGUAUGAUGGCCAGGCCUGGGUGUUGGCCGCUGUUGCUUGCACAGGUUGGUCCCCUUGUCUCCUGUACAGAGUGCCCUGCCUCUUGGGUUGUUCCCUGGCCUCCCAUGUGGGAGGGACAUCUCCAAAAGCAGGGUCUCUUCAGGAAAAAGAGGUGCUGGAGAGAGUUGAGAAAGAGAAAAUGGAACAUGGGAAAGACAACGGCAUCCGUCCUCCCACUCUCCAGACUGCCAAUCCUCUGUACCUGCUCUUGAAAGCACCCAGCUCCCUACCCCUAAGAGGGGAUACCCAGAUCUCAGUGACGCUGGUUAACCACAGUGAGCAGGAGACAGCAGUGCUGCUGGCAAUCGGGGUCCAGGCUGUGCACUACAAUGGUGUCCUUGCUGCCGAGCUCUGGAGGAAGAAGCUGCACCUCACACUCAGUGCCAACCUGGAACAGAUAAUAACCAUUGGCCUGUUCUUCUCCAAUUUUGAGCGAAACCCACCCGAGAACACCUUCCUUAGACUCACCGCCAUGGCAACACACUCUCAGUCCAGCCUUAGCUGCUUUGCUCAGGAAGACAUUGCCAUUUGUAGACCGCAUCUUGCCAUCAAGAUGCCAGAGAAAGCAGAGCAGUAUCAACCCCUCACAGCCUCAGUCAGCAUCCAGAACUCCCUAGAUGCCCCCAUGGAGGACUGUGUGAUCUCCAUCCUGGGAAGGGGGCUCAUUCACAGAGAGAGGAGGUACAGAUUUGGUUCAGUGUGGCCUGGAAACACCAUGUGUACCGAGUUCCAGUUCACGCCGACACAUGUGGGGCUCCAGAGGCUCACUGUGGAAAUGGACUGCAACAUGUUCCAGAACCUAACCAACUAUAAAAAUGUCACCGUGGUAGCCCCUGAACUUUCAGCUUAAAUUUCCAGCUCUAUCACCACUCUCCUGCCAACCCUUGCUCUACAAUCUAAACCAAACAUGUGCUAGGAAGAGAAA